GAUGGCACCAUAACGGUGUCUGAAGGCAAGACGUUGGAUCAUGAAUUGGAGGUCGUGGAGGGAAUGAAGUUCGACCGCGGCUACAUAUCCCCGUAUUUUGUGACGGACACGAAGGCACAGAAAUGUGCUUUGGCAGACCCGCUGGUUCUCAUCUACGACAAGAAGAUCUCCUCAGUUCAGAGCAUGCUGCCCGUCUUGGAGCACACUAUGAAGGCGCAGAAGCCCUUGCUCAUCAUCGCAGAGGAUGUUGAGCAAGAGGCACUGGCCACAUUGGUGGUGAACAAGCUGCGCGGCGGAUUGCAGGUCUGCGCUGUGAAGGCACCUGGCUUUGGCGAUCAUCGAAAAGCUAUGCUGCAGGACCUGUCUGUGCUCACUGGGGCAGAGCUGAUCAGCGAGGACACCGGUCGCAAACUGGAUGAAACCUUUGAUCCCACCGUGCUGGGCACUGCGAAAUCUAUCACAGUUACAAAGGAUGACACUAUCAUUCUGGACGGUGCUGGUGAACAGGCCGACAUCCAGUCUCGCUGCGAGCAGAUCCAGGCAGCCAUCGAGGUGACAUCUUCGGAGUACGAGCGGGACAAGCUCAAGGAGCGGCUCGCCAAGUUGUCAGGUGGUGUCGCCGUGAUCAAGGUGGGAGGUGCAUCUGAAGUGGAGGUGUCCGAAGUCAAGGAUAGACUGAACGACGCUCUCAACGCCACAAAGGCGGCUGUCGAGGAGGGUAUCGUGCCAGGUGGCGGCACCGCCCUCCUCUAUGCCUCGAAGAAGCUGGAGUCUCUGGAGCUUGGGGGCUUCGAUCGCAACGUUGGCCGCGACAUCGUCCGCCAAGCCCUGCAGGUUCCCUUGACAUCCAUCGUCCAAAAUGCUGGGAAAGAAGGGGCGGUCGUGGUGGAAUACCUGUUGAAACAAAGCGAUGAAAAGCUUGGGUACAACGCACAGACUGGCCAGUAUGUCGACAUGAUUGCCAACGGUAUCAUCGAUCCAACGAAAGUGGUCAGAUGUGCUCUCGCCGAUGCCGCCUCGGUGGCUUCUUUGAUGACAACUACGGAGUGUCUUGUCACGGAGAUCCCUGAAGAGAAGCCGGCAGCAGGCGGCCCUGGCGGCAUGGGCGGCAUGGGCGGCAUGGGCGGCAUGGGCAUGGACGACGGGUGGGACUGA